AAAUAUGCUUUUUAUAGUUACUCCUUUUAAUGUUCUCAAGGAUAUGGUGUAGCGGUAAAGUGUCUUUACUCUAUUUUAAAGGUGAAAGGUUUGAAUCCUACAAUGGUAGUAUUUAGAAGCACGUUAGUUUGUUGCUAAAAAAAUUGAUUCUUUUAUGUAAAAAAAUAAUAUUAGUUUUAUUAAAAUCUAUUAAAGUUGACAAAUAUAUUGUAAUUAAAUUAAAUAUGUAACAAUCUUAUGAUUGAUCAACUACGACUACCAUUCUCCCCUGUUCCAUUAUGAAACUGAAAAUACCCACCAUUUCUCUCUUCUUCUUUCUCAUUUCUACUCCUGCAACACUUCUUGAAGCCUCCAACAAUGGCAACAGAGGAUUUACACUUGAAGAAAACGAAGACACCCACAUCAAAAGAUCCGAUUUUCCAUCCGGGUUUCUCUUCGGAACAGCCACUUCUGCUUACCAAGUUGAAGGAGCCUAUCUUGAAGACGGAAAAUCGUUAAGCAACUGGGAUGUAUUCAGUCACUCUGGAGGUUGUGAGGAGAAUGGAGAUAUUGCUGAUGAUCAUUAUCAUAUGUUCUUGGGAGAUAUUGAAUUAAUGCAUUCCAUUGGCAUACAAGCAUACAGAUUUUCUAUAACUUGGGCUAGAAUUCUUCCAAGAGGAAGGUUUGGUAAAGUCAAUCCUGCAGGCAUCAUGUUCUAUAACAAGAUCAUAGACAAUCUGAUUCUAAAAGGAAUCGAACCAUUUGUGACGAUUAACCAUGUAGACCUUCCUCAGGAACUUGAAGACAGAUAUGGUUCUUGGCUAAACCCCGAAAUGCAGGAAGAGUUUGUAUAUUUAGCAGAAACAUGUUUCAAGUCAUUUGGAGACCGAGUGAAGUAUUGGAUCACCAUAAACGAGCCUCAAUUACUCGCAGAAUUGGCUUACGAGUGGGGGGUUUUCCCACCAUGUCGUUGCUCAGAGCCUUUUGGAAACUGUCUUGAUGGAAAUUCAGAUGUCGAGCCUAUCAUCGUUAUGCACAACUUAUUAUUGGCCCAUGGCAGGGCAGCCAAGCUAUAUCAUGAAUACUUCCAGCCUACACAAGGUGGCUCAAUUGGACUCGCUGUUCACGCUUACAUGUAUGAACCGCUAACGGAUAGUGAACUUGAUCACCAAGCUGCCAAAAGGGCAUUUGCUUUUCAUUCUGGCUGGACACUUGAUCCCUCCAUAUUUGGAGACUACCCGGAAGAACUUAAGGAAUACCUUGGUUAUGCUUUGCCAAGUUUCUCCCUUGAUGAAAAGAAUUUUAUGACGAAUAGUAUAGAUUUUAUUGGCAUCAACCAUUAUUCGAGUAUAUAUGUCAAGGAUUGUACUAAUGCUAGUUGCUCCGCAACUGGAAAUCGCGCAAUCCAAGGUUUUCUGGAGGCAGUUGGAGAGCGUGAUGGUGUGCCAAUUGGUGAACAUACGGGGGCACGAAAUUCAUAUGUUGUCCCUAAAGGCAUGGAAGAGAUUGUUAACCUUAUCAAGAUUCGAUACAAUAACAAACCCAUGUUUAUCACUGAAAAUGGAUAUUCGACACCAGACUUGCACGAGCAAAGAGUUGAUGAGCUAACUAAUGAUGUCAAGCGAAUUGAAUAUCACACCAAAUACCUUGCUUCAUUAGCAAAGUCUAUUAGAGGAGGAGCAGAUGUACGUGGAUAUUUCGCAUGGUCAUUUAUGGAUAGUUAUGAAUGGUUAUAUGGUUACGAUGUUAGGUUCGGAUUAUACCAUGUGGAUCGACAAACUCUAGCUCGGACGCCAAAGCUUUCUGCAUCAUGGUAUAAGAAUUUUCUGUCCAACAACAGUGAUUUUGUCUUUAUGGAAACUUCACGGGACAACAUUUAUUAAGUUGUCCAAGAAUGUAUUCUUUGUCAGUUCCUCACUGGCUGUGUAUUUAUUUCUCUCUUCCUUAAUGUAUUGAAAAAACAGAAAAAGGAAAUAAUCCAGUUUACUAGCUGAAUUAAACACA